AGCAGCAGGUCCUGCGCGUCGGGACGUUCCCCAGCAGCACCUCUCGGAAGCAGGUAGCAGGCAGACAACCCAAGUAUGGCGGCCAGACGCAACAUACCGUACUCGGUUAUUCCAACCGAGGACAGGGAUGAAGACAAUGUUGAUCGCCGGUUCACGUACACCCCAAAAUCCUUGAGGAGGAUCCCGUGGAAGUCAAUUGCCCUAGCGUUGUUCCUCCUUGUCCUGGGAAGCGCUCUUCUGUUCCUGUCGUAUUUUAUAUCCACGGGUCACAUGGAGGGUGAUAGUUCUCAGGUGUAUGGCCUAUUGUUCCUGGGUAUCCUUGCCUUUCUUCCUGGAUUUUAUGAGACUCGCGUUGCUUAUUAUUCGUGGAGAGGAGCACCAGGGUACACCUUUGCCUCCAUUCCAGACUAUUAGUCUUCGAUUUUUACUCAUCGGCUGUGCAGUAAAGAUAUUGAACAGCAAGGGAAAAUAUGAAACAGCAUCAAGAAUCAAAUGAGCAGUUAUUCUUAGUGCUAUAAAUAGUUAACAUGUACAUGAGGUCACCUAGUGAUGAUUACUGUCACAUAAUGUCGCUGCUUCAUCAGAAUAUUUGCAUGUGCUGCAGAGUCUCUUGUGCUUGCUCGCUUCUUCAUUGCUAUGUAGAUUGCUGUUUUGGAGCUACGUCAGAUAUCAGUUUCAUAAAUCUACUAUGUCAAUGUCAGAUUAUAUUCGUAGGAGUUUUUGAA